AAUUAAAAUUGCAGCCGGUGGUGGAAGUAGUGCUCAAGCGUUGAUGAAACAUUGCUACAGUUACAAUUAAAGAUCUGGCAAUCAGAAAUGAAAAAUCUACUUGACUACUAUACUAAAAUGUACUUAAGUGUGAAAUAUGUUUCUAUCCAAACAUUUGCACUUGAACCUUUUAUCAGAAGUAAAAGACAGAUCUUGGUGGUUUCUCUCUCUGCUCACUUCAACUUAAAAUAUACACGGUUGACCACAGUAGUUGGUGAGUAGUUGCUAAUACGAUACCAUCAAAAUAAAUGAGAAGAGGAGGUGGUUUGACUUACCAACUGAAAACAUGUUGACAUUAAUAGACCUGAAGUCAUGCCUCAUUCUGUAGUUGACGUCAUGCCCAUAACAGAAGCUCCGGAUGUAAGAUUUUCUCUGUGAGAAAAAUGAUUGAUGUUGAAAACUAGAGCUUUUGUAUCCAGUCUUGAUCAAAAAUGCUCCAGAUACUUUUUGCCAUAUGAACAUUUUUUCUCUGAAUGUUGGCAGAUGCACUGCAUUACGAGCUGGUUAAGGAGCCAAAAAUAUGAGUGCUGCUACAGCCAAGCUAACACUGCUGCACAUUGAAUUGACAUCAUAAGGCCUGGCAACUUCAGCAAAAUACCCCUCACAAGGCAGUAAGCUUUAUUAAAUGUGCUAGUUAAACUGCUUUAGCAGUUAUAGGUUUGAGUAGCUUGUGCUGAUACAUAACAGUGUUGAAGUUUAAUAGUUGACUUUUGUGCAGCGUCAUGUCAGGGCAUAGGAGUGUUAGCUUGCUUGUAGCAUGUGUGUUGCAUUCUUUGUAUUUUGACUGGUAAGUGAUCUCAUAAUUCAGAGGAUCCAGUGGCACUCACGGGGAAAAUGUACACAGGUCAAAACAUAUCAUGCUUAAUGCAUUUUUGUUCACCACAGGACGGAAUAGCAGUGAUCUUCAAAAACGGCAUUGAUUUUUCUCAUAUAGAAAAUCUACUUUGACCCAGAGUUCCUGAUAAGGACAUGAGAUCCACUACAGAACAUCUGAGGUCUAUUGCAAUUGUAUUAUAUGUCUUUGGUAAUAACUGAGGAUUCUGAGGCAAGUCUGAGAGCCAUACUCACUCAUUCCAUCUUCAAGUCAGUGUUUGAGCUACAGGAACAGCUGGACUCAAUCCCAGGCAAGAAGGGCACCAAGAUCCUCAUCUGGAACAUACGCAGGAACAAGGAUGGAAAGCCUGAGUUUGACUUUGAUACAGAUAGGGAAGACAUUCGCCUGCCUGAGAUCCGUUCUGAGGAGAUGGAGGGGAAAGGCAAGAAGAGUUACUUUGGCCUUCGGAGAACUGACCACAUCGUUCCAGAGAUGGACUAUUCUCUCAGAGCAUAUCUCAGCAUUCUCUAUUUGAAACCCAGGAUCCAGAUCAUCCUCAGGCAGAAGAAAGUUCAGACCAAACUAGUGGCUAAAAGUCUGUCCAUGAUUGAGAAUGAUGUUUACAAACCACAAUUCAUUAACGAACGCGUGAAGAUUACCUUUGGCUUCAACCGCAAAAACAAAGAUCAUUAUGGCAUCAUGAUGUACCAUAACAACAGGCUUAUCAAGUCCUACGAGAAAGUGGGAUGCCAGAUUAAGUCUUCAGGACAAAGAUCAGGAGUUGGUGUUAUUGGAGUUAUUGAGUGUAACUUUCUCAAACCAGCUCAUAACAAGCAGGACUUUGAGUACACCAAAGAGUACAGGCUCACUAUAGCUGCUCUCGGCCUUAAACUCAACGACUACUGGCGUGAGAAAAAAGAAAAAAAAGCCAAAGAGAGAGCGUUCCGAGCCCUAGAGAAGAAAAGUGAAGAGGGGAAUAUGGAGGAAGAUGAAGAGGAUGAAGAGGAGGAGGAGGAAGAAGUGGAUGUGACAUGGAUUCAGUGUGAGGACUGUAUGAAGUGGAGGGGUAUUCCCACUCAUCUGUUCUCAGGGAAGGUUCCUGAGCCCUUCACUUGUAGCCAGCAUCCCACGGCCCGUCUCAGGAGCUGCUUAGUGCCAGAGGAACCAGAGGAGGCGGUGGACGAGCUGACACCCAGCUAUGAGAAAACACACAAAAAACAGGAACCAGGCCCGGUCAAAAGAAGAGGAAAAUCUGUGGAGGCGAGUAAAGGUGUGGCCCAGCCUCAGAGCAAAGAGCCCUCUUCAGAAGCCAGAGUGGAUGAAGCUGUCAUGGACACAAAUCAUAAGGACAAAGAAAACGACUCCACGCCAGAGCCUUCAAACUCACACGGCAACAAAAGGAAAGCAACAUGGUCAAACAAUGACAUAGGCAGCAAGUCCCCUAAACGUGCUGAUCCUUCUGGUGAAGGAGAAAAAAUAACUGCAACAACAGCAACAACAGAAAAUACUUCAGAAACUGAAAAGGCAGACAACAACAAGGCCCAGGCCCCAAGUACAGUGACCCAGGAGGACAAAAUUCAAAAUUCUACAGAGUGUCCUGCCAUAGACUCAAACCAGAAUCCUCCAGAACAGCAGGCCUCACAUGGCCUUCAGCCUAAAGAGCAGCUCAGACUCGCCUCCAGCUCACUGGGCUGGCCUCACCCUCCCACCUCCCAGCCCUCCAUGGCCUGGUCCCACCCACUUCCCCCAGCUCAGACCGUGGUGGUGCCUCCCCUCAGCCGCUCCAGCCGCCAGUCAGUUUCUCCCUUAACUGUAGAAGGCCUGGAUCGGCCAGCGCUCACCCUGAGACUGGCUCAGCUGGAACGAGAAGCCAAACGGCUUAGGAAGACCCUCGGCCUUCAGGAGCCGGCUGUGGAAACAGCUACAUUAGCGGAAGGGGAGGUGUCAGGUUCAGCAGUAGAGGGGGCGACAAUACAAGGUGGGGGGACAACCCCCUCUGUUCAGAAUACAGAGACAUUAACGCCCAGUGCCUCUACAAAAUCAGAGGUUGAAGACAAGGCAACAGCAUCUACGGCAUCCAAGAAAACAGAAGCUCAGUCGGACAAACAAAGCUCAAUACAAAGAAAUGGCAGUCCCUCAGCCCAGCAGGGGGCACCAAUGAGUCCCACAGAUGAUCUACAUUGGAGCAAGACAUUGGCCAAACUGCAGAGCCAAAACCAGGCUCUCUUUACAGAAGUAAAUAAACUGAAAAAAGAGAAGGAGCAGCUUCUGAGCAAAGUGAGACAAGUAGAGAGAGAAACACGGGACAGAAGAGACCAAAGCACCAGCACACCCUCUAAUGUUAAUGAUAGUAUUGCACUGGAGCGAUUACGUGCUAUCCGUCGGAAUGUUGUGUCUCUCCUGUCCUCCAUCCUGCCUAAUUUGGACAUGCAGGGUAUCAGCUAUGACACAGGGGAUGUGGACAGCAUCCUGCAGCAGAUCAUCCAAGUUAACAACCUCUGACCUCAGUUCAGUGCUUGUAACUGAGCUCCACAAGAAGGAUGCAUUUACACCACAAGCCACUUGUUUCAGCACACUGCCUGGAACGAACCUGUUUAUCCUGAUAUUUCAUCCUGUUGCAUACAGAUCUGAGUAUUGGUACUACUUUGUCGUAUAUAGAUGAUGCCUGAACACAAGCAUUAACCCCACAAAUAUUAAGCACAUGAUGCUGAUCUUCAUUGUGCUAUGGUAAAUGUAUAGGUUAUUGACUGCAAGGGUGGCUCUGCAAAUAUCAAGCAAAAAUAUAACAUUUAGAAGUUUUACUUUUUUUCCCCCCCAAGUCAAACUUUUUUCGUUUUCAGCAAUGCCGUGGCAUCUGCAGAGCUUCAUACUGCUGUAAAAGAAAAAAAAACAAUUUUGUUCAGGCAGAGUAGAGUUAGAGAGAGUGCUCAAAGUAAUAGUCACUCUACCAUUUCACAGUGCUCUUUGUGUUAUGCUUUAUUUGGCCAAAUCCUUUUUGUUUUUCUAAAAAGACAGUUGUGUGUCCCACAUAAUUAUUGUACUAUAUUAUUCUCAAGGGAUCCUUCAGCAAUAAAGUAAACUUGUUUAAGUACUUUUCAAUAAUUGCAUAUUCAAAUUACUGAGGGAACUUAGAAAAUUGGAAAUUAUAAUGCAUUUUCCUACCAAAUCUUGACGCUUUUCAGAGCAAAACAAGGUGUCGAGGAGGGUCACUGAGCUAGCUGAGCAUUUUCGCUUGAUAUGUGGGGUCAAGGAACUGGUAGCACAUUUAGAAGGCAGACUGCUGAAAAGAAUGACGUCGCACUCCUCUUCAGCGGAUUUAAGCUCGGACAUAAAGACACACAACUUUGUUUAUACAUAGUUUAUUACACAGUAUAAUACAGUACUGAUCAAUGACAAAUUUUAAAAACAAAUAUUUGAAUGAGCAAAUAACCAGUUAUAUGGAUUAAAUACUGUAUGCACAUUGUGACAAUAGAUACUUCUUUUUACUGAGACAAACAUUUGUGGGAAAUUCAGUAAGAGGAAGUAAACAUAAAAUCUUUUCUUUAUACAUUAAUAAGCAGAUUCAGCAAAGGACACUGGUUACUUUCACAGUGCAGCAUGAAAAUAAUGAAGCAUUCACACACUUGGUUUGUUGAAAGAUGUUUACGAUACAGUUCACAGGCACAGAAUGAGAGUUUGAUAGUAAAGAUCUGCUCAAACUGCACAUGUACACAUGCUUAGUAGUGAUUUAGAGGGUUAACUGGAUAUAUACAGCAUAUUACCAUAUACCAUAUUAGCAUA